AUGGCCUCGCAGGACGUGCUCAGCCAGACCACCCGGCUGGCCUCCUCUAGUGCUCUGCUGCAGGUGCUGUUCCGGGUGGUCACCUUCGGGCUGAACGCGUUCACUCUGCGCUACCUCUCCAGAGAGCUGAUCGGCGUGGUCAACGUGAGGCUAACUCUACUGUAUUCAACAGUUGUCUUCCUAGCCAGGGAGGCAUUUCGCAGAGCUUGUUUGAGCGGAAGUACAAAGCGAAACUGGACCAAAACAAUUAAUCUAUUGUGGCUGAUAGUCCCUCUUGGUGUUUUUUGGUCUGUGUUCUUGGGCUUAGUCUGGCUACACUUGCUUGAAGUACCUGAUCCUUCUGUGAUUCCUCAUUAUCAGGCUGGUGUAGUGGCAUUUGGUCUUUCUGCAAUUAUCGAGCUUCUGGGAGAACCGUUCUGGGUUUUAGCACAAGCUCAUUUGUUUGUGAGACUUAAGGUAAUUGCUGAAAGCCUUUCAGUAGUGUCAAAAUGCAUUUUGACGGUUAUUUUAGUAGUCCUUUAUCCUCAGUGGGGCCUCUGCAUUUUUUCCUUGGCUCAGCUUUUAUAUGUCAGUGUUCUGGUAAUGUGCUAUGUAAUUUAUUUUGUGAUGUUUUUGGGGUCUCCUGAAGCAACAAAGAAGUCAUUUCCAGUUGCUAGAAUGAAAGCUCUCUUACCUAACUUGAUGGAAGAUGAGACCUUUGUUAACUGGAAGGAAGCACGGUUAACUUGGAGUUUCUUCAAACAAUCCUUCUUGAAACAGAUUUUGACAGAAGGUGAACGAUAUGUGAUGACUUUUUUGAACGUGUUAAAUUUUGGAGAUCAGGGUGUAUAUGAUAUCGUGAAUAAUCUUGGUUCACUGGUGGCCAGGUUUAUCUUUUUGCCUAUUGAGGAGAGUUUUUAUGUCUUUUUUGCUAAACUGUUGGAAAGAGGGAAGAAUGUAAAGGAUCAGAAGCAGGAUGAUGUUGCUAUGGCUGCAAAUGUAUUGGAAUUGCUGUUGAAACUUGUGCUUCUGAUUGGCCUUACCAUCACGGUUUUUGGCUAUGCCUAUUCUCGGCUGGCUCUGGAUAUUUAUGGAGGCUCAAUGCUCAGUUCUGGAACAGGUCCAGAUCUCCUCCGAUGUUACUCGUUAUAUGUCCUGUUUCUUGCUAUCAAUGGAGUAACAGAAUGUUUUACGUUUGCUUUGAUGUGCAAAGAAGAGGUAGACAGGUACAAUUUUGUUAUGCUGGCCUUGUCCUUCACAUUUCUGUGCAUCUCUUAUUUCUUGACCCACUGGCAUGGCAGUAUAGGCUUUAUCCUUGCCAACUGCUUUAACAUGGGUAUUCGAAUAGCUCACAGCAUCCACUAUAUCUAUGAUUACUUCAAAGAAAGCGCUUACAGACCUUUGACAGGCUUGCUUCCCUCACCGUUUUUGGUACUCGUUUAUAUCAUAAGUGGAGUAAUCACUGGUUUCUCAGAGGUAUUCUGCUGCUGCGAUAAGGGUUGGAUGGCAAGGCUGAUUCACAUCAGCAUGGGCGCUCUGUGCUUUGCAGCAACCAUCGUUACUAUGUUCUGCACAGAGACCAAGCUGAUCCAUUUUGUCAGAAGCCAGUUCCUCUCCCGAUAUAUGAAGAAAGGAACAUGAAAUGCUCAUGUGCAGAACAGUUCUUGUACGUGCUUGCAGUAAAGGGCUGUAUUUUUUGCAUAAGAUCUGUAUGGAAAAAGGUUUCCACAUGUGUUUAUUGGAAGCAUUGAUACUGGAGUGGCAGUGUAAAAGAUUGCCAACUGAGUAUCAUUUUGUCUUCUAAACUGGUCAGUACAAUGAAAGAGCUGAGUAAUUUUUCUUUCUGCAUCAUUUUUAGAUUUUCUUCAAACAGCCUCUUUGGUAAUGAAUGAAGAUCUAAGAUACACCCUUCUGGCGUAACCUAGUUGCCAGGCUUCAUGGAGAGAGCUCCCAUUCUUGCCGAUGGGGAGUACAUGUGUGAAGGCAUCAUAUGGCUUACAUCCUACGAUGUAAUUAAGAAUGCCCUUACUUGGCAUGGUGGGCUGCUUAACUGGUUAGAAAAUAAAUGGUCUGACCACAAAAAAAAACCCCACAAAAAACCCAAAACAAAACCCCCAAAACAAAAGCUGAAGAAAACACUAGAGCAAGGACCAACAGCACUAUAACUGUUACUUGAAGUAGAACAUAAUGCAGUGCAGAGAGAUUGAGUUGUCAGUGUUUUGAAGUGGAAAGUGGUGAACAGAAAGUUCUGACUUUUUUACAAGUAAAUUAAUGGCAUACACAGCAUGUGUCCAUGCUAGCUAUGUACGAUUAUUUCAUUCAGCAUAUCAUUCAUUUAUGAGGAUAUUGAUUAACUUGUCAAAAAUACUCUGAAGCCUUAGCUAAAAGAAAAAAGGGGUUUGAGCAGUGUUUUACAGAAGGUGUUAAGUACAAUCACACUGAUGCUGAAGUUCCAGAAGGUUAAUCAUAAAACUUCUUACUUUCACUCCAUUGUUUUUGUUUUUAUAUGAGAUUUUAAAUGCCAGCACGAACAAAUUUGUCUCAAUAAAAAUGGUUUCAUCUUGUCUGUGAAA